ACGCCAUUUUUGUUUUUCUCUCACCGGCAGUGUAGAACCAGGUAAAAACAGCCAACCACUUCGAAUCCCCUCCGAGGAGAAAUCACAAUUCACAACACGAUGUUCGGAAUCUCUUACGGCGAACUCUUCCUCUUGCUAGGAGCCACCGCCGCUCUGAUCGGACCAAAAGAUUUGCCUGUGAUAGCGAGGACUGGAGGGAGGCUAGUUGGUCGAGCGGUUGCUUACGUUCAAUUGGCCCGCGGCCAGUUCGAGAGUUUAAUGCAGCAGUCUCAAGCUCGUCAGGUUCACAAGGAGCUUCAAGAUAAGAUGACUCAGCUUGAAACCAUACUUUAUGAGAUCAGAAGCGCUUCUACUUUGAGACCUGGACCAAUGACUCGGAGGAUGAUUGAUGAUCUUGCUGAUCCAUCUGCUGCUGCUGAUGGCAGUGGAGUGGCUGAAACUUCCGGUGUAGUAAAUGUUUCAACAGCUACUGUCUCUCGGAUUUCAAACGACCAAUCUCGUUCUGAGAGUAUAUCCGCAACUACGGUCUCCAAGAUCUAUGCUUCUUCAUUAGUCUCGGAUUCAUCCAAUGUGCACAGCCAAGCAACUGCUUAUGCAAGGUUGGCAGAAUCUGCAGCCGUUAAGGCUAGUUUGGACUCGGAACAGAAGAUUGAUGGUCCAGGUCUCCUUCAUGUUUUGCCUGUUUCGGCUGAAAGUACUGGAAUGCUACCUAAUCGUCAGGGUAGUACUGCUUACUUGAGCUCUGUUAUUACUGUAUAUGUUGGAUGCCUCUUGCCAGUUUCCUACUGCUUUCAGUUUAAAAUUGGAACCACGUACUAUAUUCUUACUGAAGAAGUGUCCCUAUUAAUUGUAAUUGCAGAUAAACUGAAUGGAUCAGACAUUAUGUUGGAAGCUAUAGUAGAGGCCGAGGUGGCUCACAAUGCUAAACGUUUCUUUGCCCAACCUGAAAAUCAAAUAAAGCAAGACGGCGAGGUCGAGAAGAGAUAGAUAUCGUCCGUUUUUUUCCCAAAGCAUGGUGAGGGACUAUGGGUAUGGGAAACUUAUGCAUGUAGGUCAAUGUGAUCAACAUCAGAUGCACGUCAAGCAUUGAAAUAUGAAGUCCUGCAUUAUUAUGAUGUCCUCAGCGAGCUAGCAUGGGCAACCUAACCCAUCUUUGAUAUGUGAAUGGUGGCAAUGCAUAACAGAAGAUUUAACAUCAUCGUUAUGGAGGGUUUUUGGUACAAUAAUGAAGAUGGCUGAUCUUCAAUCGACAGAUUGACAUUUUGAUCUUCUUGGUAAGCACCGGUUUUGUACUAACGGUACUCGAACAAUUUGAGUAUCAGUGUCCAUAUAAGAGUUACUGCAUUACUGCAUCACUGCAUCAUUUAGAUACCCAAAAAUAACUGGAUCACUGACACGGCAUCUCCCCCUUUCUUGGGUUGAUCUGUUUGUAAAGAUGGAGUGGGACGGAACAUGUUAGGUGAAAGAGCAAAUUGGCCGUCAUAUUAAAUUCUGGUGCGUUUACUCAGUGAUGUUAGAAUUCUGUUGACUUUUGUUCUGGUCAAGCAUUUGAUGAUUGCUUGCUGCAUUUGCUUUCCACAGUAUACAAACUAUACAUGUUUAUCUUUGCCUGUUGUUGACUCUGAGAGUGAGAGAGUCUUUUGUGGUGCAUCAGUCGACACACUUUCAGGUGGCAGAAAUUUAGCAGCUGGAGUAUCUGAUUGAUUCAUAGAUUAAGGUAAAAGUAUUUAUCAAAAGAAACAAAUUCCAAAUGAGGUUUGGAUGAUAGAGAAAAGGUUAGGUACUUGGUGUACUCGUAUUUAGUUUUCAUUGGAACAUGAAGUUUUAUUUGGCAUUACAAGUUGUAAAACCUUGCUAUUUGCUUAUACGCUC